ACUGAUACUGAAGCCACAACAGAGUCUGAUAUAAUUGCUAGUAGUGUCACAACAGAGCCGGUAUCUCCGACUGAUACUGAAGCUACAACAGAGUCUGAUAUAACUUCUACUAGUGUCACAACUGAAACGAUAUCACCAACUGAUACUGAAGCAACAACAGAGUCCGAUAUAACUGCUUCUAUUGUCACAAUAGAGGCGGUAUCACCAACUGAUACUGAAGCAACAACAGAGUCUGAUAUAACUUCUACUAGUGUCACAACAGAGGCAGUAUUACCAACUGAUACUGAAGCUACAACAGAGUCUAAUGUAACAGCUACUAGUUUCACAACAGAGCCGGUAUUUCCGACUGAUACUGAAGCUACAACAGAGUCUGAUAUAACUGCUACUAGUGUCACAACAGAGGCAGUAUCAUCAACUGAUACUGAGGCAACAACAGAGUCUGAUGUAACAGCUACUAGUUUCACAACACAGCCGGUAUCUCCGACUGAUAUUGAAGCUACAACAGAGUCUAAUAUAACUUCUACUAGUGUCACAACUGAAACGAUAUCACCAACUGAUACUGAGGCAACAACAGAGUCUGAUAUAACAGCUACUAGUGUCACAACUGAAACAAUAUCUCCUACUGAUACUGAAGCUAUAACAGAGUCUGAUAUAACUGCUUCUAUUAUCACAACAGAGGCAGUAUCUCCGACUGAUACUGAACCAACAACAGAGUCUGAUGUAACUGCUACUAGUGUCACAACAGAGCCGGUAUCUCCGACUGAUACUGAAGCUACAACAGAGUCUGAUAUAACUGCUUCUAUUGUCACAACAGACGCGGUAUCAUCAACUGAUACUGAAGCUACAACAGAGUCUGAUAUAACUGCUACUAGUGUCACAACAGAGCCGGUAUCUCCGACUGAUACUGAAGCUACAACAGAGUCUGAUAUAACUGCUACUAGUGUCACAACAGAGCCGGUAUCUCCGACUGAUACUGAAGCUACAACAGAGUCUGAUAUAACUUCUACUAGUGUCACAACUGAAACGAUAUCACCAACUGAUACUGAAGCAACAACAGAGUCUGAUAUAACAGCUACUAGUGUCACAACUGAAACGAUAUCUCCAACUGAUACUGAAGCAAUAACAGAGUCUGAUAUAACUGCUUCUAUUGUCACAACAGAGGAGGUAUCACCAACUGAUACUGAAGCAAUAACAGAGUCCGAUAUUACUGCUACUAGUGUCACAACAGAGCCGGUAUCUCAAACUGAUACUGAAGCUACAACAGAGUCUGAUAUAACAGCUACUAGUGUCACAACUGAAACGGUAUCACCAACUGAUACUGAAGCAAUUACAGAGUCUGAUACAACUGCUUCUAUUGUCACAACAGAGCCGGUAUCUCCGACUGAUACUGAAGCUACAAUAGAGUCUGAUAUAACUUCUACUAGUGUCACAACAGAGGCAGUAUUACUAACUGAUACUGAAGGUACAACAGAGUCUGAUAUAACAUAUACUAGUGUCACAACAGAUGCAUUAUUUCCAACUGAUACUGAAGCUACAACAGAGUCUGAUAUAACAGCUACUAGUGUCACAACAGAGCCGGUAACUCCAACUGAUACUCAAGCUACAACUGAGUCUGAUAUAACUGCUACUAGCGUCACAACAGAGGCGGUAUCACCACCUGAUACUGAAGCAACAACAGAGUCUGAUAUAACUGCUACUAGUUUCACAACAGAGCUGGUAUCUCAAACUGAUACUGAAGCUACAACAGAGUCUGAUAUAAUUCCUACUAGUGUCACAACAGAGCCGGUAACUCCAACUGAUACUCAAGCUACAACUGAGUCUGAUAUAACUGCUACUAGCGUCACAACAGAGGCGGUAUCACCAACUGAUACUGAAGCAACAACAAAGUCUGAUAUAACAGCUACUAGUGCCACAACUGAUACGAUAUCUCCAAGUGAUACUGAAGCUACAACAGAGUCUGAUGUAACAGCUACUAGUUUCACAACAGACUCGGUAUCACCAACUGAUACUGAAGCAGCAACAGAGUCUGAUAUAACUGCUUCUAUUGUCACAACUGAAGCGGUAUCUCCAACUGAUACUGAAGCUACAGCAGAGUCUGAUGUAACAGCUACUAGUGUCACAACAGAGCCGGUAUCUCCGACUGAUACUGAAGCUACAACAGAGUCUGAUAUAACUGCUUCUAUUGUCACAACAGACGCCGUAUCCUCAACUGAUACUGAAGCUACAACAGAGUCUGAUAUAACUACUUCUAUUGUCACAACUGAAGCGGUAUCUCCAACUGAUACUGAAGCUACAACA